CGCCGCUGCCGCCGCCGCCGAGGAGCAAGAUGGAGCUGUCUGCAGUGGGGGAGCGCGUCUUCGCCGCCGAGUCCAUCAUCAAGCGGCGCAUCCGAAAGGGACGCAUCGAGUACCUGGUGAAAUGGAAAGGAUGGGCCAUCAAGUACAGCACCUGGGAACCCGAGGAGAACAUCCUGGACUCGCGCCUCAUCGCCGCCUUCGAGCAGAAUUUUAACUUCUUGACAAAUUUGACUCCCUCAAGGGAACGAGAGCGUGAGCUGUAUGGGCCCAAGAAGAGAGGACCUAAGCCCAAAACUUUUCUCCUGAAGGCUCGGGCCCAGGCGGAGGCCCUCCACAUUGGGGAUGUACACUUUUCUGUCAAGCCUGGUUCUAGCACCUCCUCUCCCAAGCUCCACUCCAGCGCGGCGGUGCACCGGCUCAAGAAAGACAUCCGGCGAUGCCACCGCAUGUCCCGGCGCCCGCUGCCGCGCCCGGACCCCCAGAGCGGCGGGAGCGUGGCCGGCGGGGCCGGCAUCCGUCCCCCCAUCUCGCCCUUCUCCGAGACCGUCCGCAUCAUCAACCGCAAGGUGAAGCCCCGCGAGCCCAAGCGCAGCCGCAUCAUCCUCAACCUCAAAGUCAUUGACAAAGGCGGGAAGACGGCCAACGGGGCCGGGGGCCUGGCCCGGCCCAAGAUCCCCUCCCGAAACCGCGUCAUCGGCAAGAGCAAAAAGUUCAGCGAGAGCGUCCUCCGCACCCAGAUCCGCCACAUGAAGUUCGGCACCUUUUCGCUCUACAACAAGCCGUCCCCCGCACCCGCCCCCUCCCUGGAGGGCAAAGGGGAGGCCGAAGGCUCCCAGGCAGCCUCCUGCGGGCUCAGGAUGGGCUCCACUCCCUACGAUGCCCCCAGCUCCAGCUCGUCUGGCUGCCCGUCGCCCGCCCCUCACUCCUCCUCCGACCCGGAUGAUUCCCCUCCGAAGCUGCUCCCCGAGACCCUCAGCCCGGCCAUCCCCGACUGGCGCGAGUCCGAGGUCCUCGACCUCUCCAUCCCGCCAGAGUCGGCCGCCACCAGCAAGCGCUCCCCGCCAGGAGGGUGCAGCGGGGAGCAGACCCCCUCCUUGUCCCUCUCCUCUUCCGACCCAGAGCAGGAGGCCGGCGACUGGCGUCCCGAGAUGUCCCCUUGCUCUAACGUGGUGGUCACGGAUGUCACCAGCAACCUCCUCACCGUCACCAUCAAGGAGUUCUGCAACGCGGAGGAUUUUGAGAAGGUGGCGGCGGGCGGCGGAGGCAGCAAGUGAGCAGCCAGGUGUGUGUCCCCCACCCCAGCCCUGCUCCAGGGCUGUGGUGGGGGGAGCUCUACCUGCGAGAAGUCCUGGUGCGAAUGGCUGUCCUUAGUUCUCUCCUCCUCCUCCCCUUGGCUGUCCCUCUGCCCUCACUGCCACCCUUCCUCCUCCUCUCCUCUGCCCACUCCCUCUUGCCUGGAGGCUGGAGCGUGUU